AGGACACACAACUCUUUUAAUUGCAAAAUUCAACUUUCUCUUUUAGUUCCUCAUUCUUUGGAAUAUUAAAUUUUUUCUUCCUACUGGCAUUUCUUCCUCUACCAAUAUAUCUGUUGAGAUAUCAGAUAAAUAAUAUUGUGGUUAUUAUCAGCUUCAUAUUAACCAGCUGAAGCAGUUAUUCAAAGUUUUAGUCGAUAAGUUAAUCUUAUUUCACAUGGCGGUUAAAUGUGAAUCGUCGUCACCUAUGCAUGCUACCUCUAGCGGAUUACUACAAGGGGAUAAUCCGUUGCACUAUUCACUCCCUCUAGCGAUUGUACAGAUAUGCUUGGUGCUUGUACUAACCCGAGUCCUCGCCUAUUUUCUCCGUCCAUUGAGACAACCGCGUGUCAUUGCUGAGAUUAUUGGUGGAAUUUUGCUAGGUCCAUCGGCUCUAGGUCGCAACCAAAAGUAUCUGCACGCGAUAUUUCCACCAAGUAGUCUCACAGUGUUGGACACAUUGGCUAAUCUUGGCCUCCUGUUCUUUCUUUUUCUAGUCGGGACUGAGUUAGACCCAAGGUCUCUUCGUAGAACCGGAAAAAAAGCUCUAGGUAUUGCCCUUGCUGGAAUAACUCUCCCUUUCGUAUUAGGAAUUGGGACAUCUUUUGCUCUCCGAUCCACAAUUGCUAAAGGGGUUAAUCAAGCCCCUUUUCUAGUCUUCAUGGGAGUUGCCCUUUCUAUCACUGCCUUCCCCGUCUUGGCCCGUAUUUUAGCUGAACUCAAGCUUUUGACUACCGAUGUUGGUAGAAUGGCUAUGUCCGCGGCCGCGGUCAAUGACGUGGCAGCAUGGAUUCUACUCGCUCUUGCUAUUGCACUUUCAGGUUCGGGCUCUCCGAUUGUUUCUUUGUGGGUGCUGUUGAGUGGGACCGGUUUUGUCCUACUUUGCAUAGUAAUUGCACCUAUUAUAUUCAAGUGGAUGGCGAGGCAAUGUUCCGAAGGAGAGCCAGUGAAUGAGUUAUACGUGUGCGCGACACUGGCAAUUGUUUUGGCCGCGGGAUUUUGCACUGAUGCUAUUGGAAUUCAUGCUCUAUUUGGGGCAUUUGUGGUAGGGGUGCUUGUUCCAAAAGAAGGGCCAUUUGCAGGUGCUCUAGUGGAAAAAGUGGAGGAUUUGGUCUCGGGAUUAUUCCUUCCACUAUACUUUGUGUCUAGUGGAUUAAAAACAAAUGUAGCCACUAUUCAAGGAGCUCAAUCUUGGGGUCUUCUUGUUUUAGUUAUAGCUACAUCAUGCUUUGGCAAAAUUGCUGGUACUGUUUGUGUUUCUCUCAUGUGCAAGAUGUCUGUUCAAGAAUCCUUAGCUCUUGGUUUUUUGAUGAAUACUAAAGGUCUAGUGGAACUCAUUGUUCUUAACAUUGGCAAGGACAAAGGGGUACUGAACCAUCAAAUAUUUGCUAUCAUGGUGUUGAUGGCACUCUUCACAACAUUCAUGACAACACCACUUGUUAUAGCCACCUAUAAGCCAGCUAAAAUGGCUGUAACAGAGUACAAGCACAGAACAAUCAUGAGGAAAGACAAAGACACAAGCAAGCAACUCCGGAUCUUGACAUGUUUCCAUGGCACAAGAAACAUUCCCACACUCAUAAAUCUCAUCGAAGCCACUCGAGGAACAGAGAAAAAGGAAGGACUCCGCGUCUACGCAAUGCACCUCUUGGAACUAACGGAAAGACCCUCAGCAAUUUUAAUGGUCCACAAGGCCCGAAAAAAUGGGCUCCCGUUAUGGAAUAAGGGGAAAGUAGGCGAAUCGAACCAAGUCAUUGUCGCAUUUGAGACAUUCGGACAACUUAGUAAGGUGUCAAUGCGUCCAACCACUGCAAUCUCUACCAUGACGAGCAUGCAUGAGGACAUAAUUGCAAGCGCGGAGAGAAAAAGAGUUUCGAUGAUAAUCCUACCCUUCCACAAGCAUAUAAGGCUCGAUGGACAUUUUGAAACAACGCGAGCUGAUCUCAGAAAUGUGAAUCGUAGAGUUCUUCAACAUGCACCUUGUUCCGUUGGCAUAUUGAUUGAUCGAGGGCUCGGUGGUGCAUCCCAUGUGUCCGCUAGUGAAGUUGAUUAUACUGCCUUGGUCUUGUUCUUUGGGGGCCACGAUGACCGCGAAGCCCUUGCUUAUGGCAUGCGCGUGGCAGAGCACCCUGGUAUUACAUUAAAUGUGGUCCGUUUUGUAACUGACCCCGAGGUUGUUGGACCGAGUGUCCACGUGGAUAUUGUUCAGGACUCCGGUCCUAGACCGGGGUGGGAAGACGACGAGAGUUUUCUUGCGGACCUAAAGCAGAAAUCAACAGGUGACGGGUCCAUAAUAUUUGAGGAGAGGAUUGUGAAGGAUGUUACAGAAACUAUAGAAGCUAUUCACGCGUAUAAAAAGUGUAAUUUGUUUAUAGUUGGGAGAAUGUCCGAGGGACAAUUGGUUUUGUCAUUUGAUACAAAGAGUGAUUGUCCAGAAUUGGGGCCAUUGGGAAAUUUGUUAACAUCACACGAAAUUUCAACAACGGCAUCAGUUUUAGUUGUGCAGAAAUAUUUGAGUCAGUUGCCCGAAGAAUCACUAUAUACUUUGAAGAAAGGAGAUGAAGAAGAAGAAACUGAAAUUUAAUAUGUUGAAGAGUGGUAAAUAAUAAGGUCUUUUAUUAACCAAAUAUAGAAGGUUAAUUAUGCACAUAAGUUCCUCUUUCCUUCCUCUUGAUCGUUUUUCCUGUUGUAACACAAAGCUGGAAAUUAAAUUCUCUCGUCUUGUAUUUAGAAAAAGUGUCACAAGAGGUAUAUAUCCAGUUAAUUAAAUAUUUACCUCCAUGUGAAUGGUACUAGUAAGUAAAAUUGCUUUUAAAAACAUUAUUGAUUUUGACCAUAUGAUGCUAUUCAGAAUUAAUGUCUUUCUUUUUGUAUGAUAAAA